AUCGGAGGAGUAUGAUCAGUAUUGGGUUAUUGGAGUUUAUUUGGGAAAUAUAAUUAAUGGCAGUGGCACCAAAGAGCCUUGAAUGGUCUCUACCUGUUCCCAGUGUUCAAGAGCUAGCGAUCCGAGGGCUACACACUGUGCCACCUAGAUACGUUAGAGAUGACAUGGACAUCAUCAUCACCGUUCCCUCCGAACCUUCACUUCGUGUACCCUUGAUUGAUAUGACCAAGCUGGUCAACCCAGACUCUCAAGAACAAGAGAUUCAAAGGCUUCACUCUGCAUGCAAAGAAUGGGGUCUGUUUCAGAUAAUAAACCAUGGAGUUUCUGAUGAAUCGCUAAGCAACAUGAAAGAGCAAGUUCAAGGUUUUUUUGACCUUCCUUUGCAAGAGAAGAAACGCUGGGCACAAAAACCAGGAAGUCUUGAAGGUUAUGGCCAGGCAUUUGUAACUUCAGAGGAACAAAAGCUAGAGUGGAAUGACAUGAUCUUCCUCAAAAAUAUUCGUUCCCUCCAAGACAGAAAUUUGAAUUUCUGGCCAGAAAACCCCCCGGAAUUCAGGAAAUCAUUGGAGACUUAUUCUGAAGAUAUGAGUAGGCUUGCGGUUUCUAUUACGAGGUUCAUAGCAAUGGGACUUGGUGUAGAAGCUCAACAGUACUCUGAAACUUACAGAGAAGGAGUGUACAAUAUGAGGAUAAAUUGCUAUCCUCCUUGUCCCGAGCCUGAGAGGGUUUCUGGGCUUAAUCCACACACUGACAUCAAUGGGAUAACUCUCUUACUUGAGUGUGGAGACAUGGCAGGACUGCAGGUUCUCAAAGAUGGCCAUUGGGUUUUUGUUGAACCCAUCAAUGGUGCUUUAGUUGUAAAUCUUGGCCAUGUCAUGGAGAUAAUGAGCAAUGGGAUUUACAAAGCUCCAGAUCACAGAGCAGUGGCGAACAAAUCAAAGCAAAGGCUGUCAAUAGCUACCUUCUGCAAUCCCAACUCGUCCGUCGAUAUUGGACCAGCUGAGAAGCUCAUCAAGUCAGGAAGCCCACCUCUGUUCAGAACCCUUAAAAUUGAAGAGUAUCUUCAGCACUUUUACAAUCGGAAGCUUGAAGUUUCAUUCAUUGAUAGCUUGAAAAUCUAGUGUGACGCAGAUUGGUUUACAAGCAGACUAGUCGGAGGAAAAAAAAAAAAUCAUAUCUUCCAACAUCAAAUGGCGUCAAAGUUGUUUUGACUUAAGGCUCUAUAUAAACCUAAUAAUGAUGGCCUUCCUUAACUGCCAACUAUGUAGUGUUAUCACUUACAGUUUUCUAUCAAUAAAAAUACUCCACAGAGAGUUUUUUUUUUUAAA